UCCCUCACUGCCGCGGCCCUCGCUGCUCACACGCACAUGCCUCCCCUCCCCAGGCCGAGGCCCAGCUGACCCCCGGGGCUCCCCUGGCAGCGGACAGGGAAGGGUUAAAGGUCCCCAGCUCCCUGCCCCCUGCCCUGGGGAACCCCUGCCCUGUGGGGACAUGAACAGUGUUUGCUGCCUGUUCCUGGUCGUGCUGAGCCUGUGGCCAGAUAGGACUGCCGCCCCAGGGCCACCUCCUGGCCCCCCGAGGGCCUCCCCAGCCCCUCGGGCUGAGCUGGACAGCGCCGUCCUCCUGACGCGCUCCCUCCUGGGGGACACUCGGCAGCUGGCCGCACAGCUGAGGGACAAAUUCCCAGCCGACGGAGACCACAACCUGGACUCCCUCCCAACCUUGGCCAUGAGUGCGGGGGCACUGGGAGCCCUGCAGCUCCCGGGCGUGCUGACACGGCUGCGCGCAGACCUGUUCUCCUACUUGCGGCACCUGCAGUGGCUGCGCCGGGCAGGCGGCCCUUCCCUGCGGACCCUGGAGCCAGAGCUGGGGGCCCUGCAGGCCCGGCUGGACCGCCUGCUACGCCGGCUGCAGCUCCUGAUGUCCCGCCUGGCCCUGCCCCAGGCACCCCCAGAGCCACCGGCUCCCCCUCUGGCGCCCCCAUCCUCAGCCUGGGGAGGCAUCCGGGCAGCCCACGCCAUUCUCGGGGGACUGCACCUGACGCUCGACUGGGCAGUGAGGGGCUUGCUGCUGCUGAAGACUCGGCUGUGACCUGCCACCCAGAGCCACCAGCAUCCUUUGACGCCAGAUCUUAUUUAUUUAUUUAUUUCAGGACUGGGGGCAUGGCAGCCAGAGGAUCCCCCCCAUUACCUCCCCCUAGUUAGAGAUGGUUCAGGAGACCUGGGCAGGGAGGGGGGGCAUCUGUGCCUUAUUUAUACUUAUUUAUUUAAGAGGGUGGGUGGGAAGCAGGUGGAUUCAGGGGUCCCCAAGGAUGAGGGAACUGAGGUCCUGGGUUCUUGGGUCUCUAAGAAGUCUGGCCACCGUGUCUCCCUGGCGCCCACCCCUCUUGGCCUGGGCAGGAGCAUAUAUUAUUUAUUAAACAAUUACUUUUCGUGUUGGGGUGGGGAGGGAGGGGAAAAGGAGGCCUGGGUUUUGGUACAAAAAUGUGAGAAACCCUUGUGAGACGGAGAAGAAGGAAUUAAAUUUGUCAUACAUA